UGUUGCCUCUCGAACCAAGCUUUCCAUGUACCCGAGUAAUUUUCCCGACAUUACCAUCCCUGAUGAUUUCAACAUCACGAACAUGUUAGUAAACCGAAAUCACGCCGUCGCGCUCGCCGUUGACCUCGAAGACGGCUUGGUGUUCUACAGCGAUGUUGCAUCAAAGGCCAUCGGAAUGGCGAGCUUGAGGGUGGGCUCGACUGUCCGCUACAUCACGGGAGCGACCGGCUCAGUCGAAGGCAUGGCUGUUGACUGGUUGACGAAGCAUCUAUACUGGACAGAUAAUCCUCGUGGAACCAUCGAAGUAUCUCGCUACGACGGAUCCUACAGGACAACUCUUCUUAAAGACAAGGUACUCAGACCACGAAGUAUUGCCAUCGAUCCUGCCAAAAAAGUCAUGUUUUGGACAGAGUUUGGACCGCCUACUCAGAUUGAACGAGCCUCUUUGGACGGUACAGGAAGGAUGGAAAUUAUCGGUCCCACUCAAGGGGUAGGCCAAAUGAGUGGUCUUGUCAUUGACUACAAAGAAAAAAGACUUUACUUUGCCGACAUCGCUCGAGGGAUUAUCAGCAGUGUUGACUAUGACGGUGGAGGAAUUAGACAGGUCAUUUCCAAACCAAACUCGUUAUUUUUCGAGGUCACCCUUUACAAGGAUUACAUCAUGUGGACUGAACUUGGACCGAACCAGGGAAUAUUCAUAAGCAACAAGGAGACUGGUGAAGCAGUGAGAGCAUUUCCAAUGACAGAAGAGGUGUAUGGUAUCACCAUGUAUGCGGAUACAAGGCAGAAAAUAAUUCACAAUCCAUGCAGAUCUUACAAUGGUGGAUGUCAACAGCUAUGUCUAAACUCUUACGAGCAGACGAAUGGAUAUGUUUGCCACUGCUCAAUGGGCUACUAUUUAGCAGACAAUGGCAGGGACUGUCACUCAGAUUUGGUAGAUCAUGAUUUCCUCCUUGUAACGGACACGUAUCAUCGGGGUAUCUACCAAGUUGAUCUCUACUCAAACUUUAAACCGGAAGCACUACGAUUGAAUGGGGUCAAAAAUCCCAUCGGUAUUAGCUUCGAUCCCGUGGAAAGGAUGGUGUACUGGACAGACGUCGAAAAGCGGGAAGUAAACCGCGCGUCUCUAGAUGGUAGCCGACAAGACACUAUAGCCAUAGAAAACAUCGGACAACCAGACGGCAUUGCAGUGGAUUCCAUCUCGAAGCUGGUGUAUUGGUCGGAUCUUGCAACACGUUCUAUAUCUGUAUCUACCCUUGAUGGCUCAGACCGUAAAACGCUGGUUACAAACAUCGCUAAACCCAGAGCAAUCGUUCUGCAUCCUGUUGAAGGGAUAAUGUUUUGGAGCGACUGGCGGAGUAGUACUGUGAUUGAACGGUCGUACAUGGACGGUGACAUGCGCAGAGUCAUCAUAAACACAGGCUUAAGAUGGACUAAUGGGUUAGCCAUUGACUUUGAAGAAAAUCGUCUCUACUGGUGUGAUGGUGGUCUAGAUGUGAUUGAGUCUAGUGACUUCUCCGGUCGUGACCGCCGCGUCGUUCUCAACCUCGGUGACGGACGUCACGCCUUCGGAAUAUCGGUCAUCGAUCAGUCGGUCUACUGGACGGACUGGAUGGUCAAGGGUUUGCUGAAGGCGGACAAACUAACCGGACAGAAUAACGUGGUGCUUGGUAAAAGAGACUUUACGAGACCAAACGCCCUCUUUGUGGUCACCAACGCGUCUCUUCCAUCAGGAAUCAAUUCAUGUUCUGAGAACAACGGAGGCUGUUCAACUCUCUGCUUGCCGACAGCCAUUGGUAGAUCAUGCGCUUGCGCAGAUGGAGUAGAUUUGGCACAAGAUGGUUUAACAUGCGUCUCAGAACUGGACAUUCAGUGUCCACUAGACUUCAUAUAUGGAGGCGUAGAGGAGUCAUGUGACAGAUCAGCCGGAAGUACUUGCUCGGUCAUAUGUUACUCAGGUCUCGUUCCGGCCGUGGAUUACGUCAUCUGCCAGAACUCGGGAAGCUGGGACAUACCACGAAGUGCUAUUUGCAGAGAGGAGCAAUGCGAGGCAUUGGAUGUGCCAAACCACGCCAUAUUCUCAGGGCCAUGCAACCCACCGUAUGAUCAGGGCAAGCUGUGUAUCUUAGAAUGUGAACCCGGCUACGUCAGAACGAGCGGGAAACCAAGACGAGUAUGCGCGCACGGUGGAGAAUGGCUUGGGACACCAAUCGUCUGCGAAGAAAUGGUAGAACCGCCGCCCGAGGGUGAAUGUAGCAGUGAACUGGCCUUCCAGGAGACCCCCGAAGACUACUCACCCGUACAGGACGACCUGGUCCAACAAUCCUGCACUACCAACUCACCGCAGGCCGAUAUCACGUGGUACAAAGAUGGCGUCCGACUCAUGACAGGUUCUGUUAACGGAAUCUACAUACUCCCUUCUAAUGACCUCCUUAUUCCUGGUUUUGACACUCAUCACCAAGGUCACUACGCAUGCGUGGCUUCCUUUUCAGGUCGAGAAUGCUUAAGAGUGGAGGUUGACUUUGCUUUCGAUCCAUACCGCCAUUUUGAAGCCGUUCCCGCCAACGCGUCCUUGGACGUUGGUGAUCACCAUCUGUUUGAAUGUCAAGCCCAGUCAGCCAUUGACUCCGUCACCUGGUGGAAGGAUGGUUCAAGAGUCCAUCAAACAGACCAAAUCAUUCUGAUUUCAGGAGGAAGCCUUCUGAUAAGGAACCUUGUUCGUCAAGACUCGGGCAAGUACACAUGUAUCGUAUCCGACCAACGGGGCAAUCAAAGGGGAAAGGCUUAUGCCUGGCUCACCGUAGCAGAUACAAUGAACCCGCCCACCAUUAACAUAACAGAAGUUUGUGGGACAGUCACAUCCCCUGAAGCCACAAUGUUCACCACCCCGGGACCCAGGGAUGGUAGAGUGGUAGGUGGGCAGCAGUCCCUCCCUGGCUCUGCUCCUUAUAUGGGUCGUAUUUGGCACAAAGCAGACCGAACUUUCGUAUGCGGCGCCACACUGCUGAACCAGCGAUGGGUCAUUACUGCAGCCCAUUGCAUCGUCCUCUACCAGCUCCAAUUUCGUGACAUUCUUCUCUACUUCGGCGACCACGACACCCUGACGAGCGAAGACCAUCAGGUCAUUGCCGAGGUCGACCAGAUCAUCCAGCACGAAGACUUCGACGAAGAAAGCUUUGACAAGGACAUCGCUCUCAUCCGCCUCAAGCAACCUUUUGCGGAAUUCACGGACUACAUUCGCCCGAUAUGCAUUCCACCUGCCUGGUUGGCUAAAAUGCUACUGCAGCCCGACAUGAUGGGAAGAGUAACGGGUUGGGGGCAGAUCGCAGAGGGCGGGCCAUACCCAAGGUAUCUUACAGAGGUUGACCUGCCAGUCGUUAAAAGCAAGAAGUGUAAAGAUGCCACCACUUUUGAGGUGACGAGGUACAUGUUCUGCGCGGGGUACGCCAGUGCUGAGGAGAAGAAAGAUGCGUGCCAGGGGGACAGUGGUGGACCCUUUGCCAUGCUUCAUGAAAACAGGUGGUAUCAGCUAGGGAUAGUGAGCUGGGGAGAAGGUUGUGCAAGGGAUAGCAAGUACGGCUAUUACACCAAGAUCUUACGACUCCACUCUUGGAUUGACAGGAACAUCUCAGAUUAGUCCUAUCAUAAUCCAGCAUGUCUUGCCACUAUAAUUUUGUGUCACAUCGUUUAUUCGACGGGAAUGUGUGAGAUGUUGAACAGAAAAGCGUUGAUGCCUGUAAACGUGAGAUCAUAAUCAUGCAUUAAAUAUAGUCAUUAUAAAACACAUGUAAACAUUUUAAAUAAAAUAGUAAAGAAAUGAGACAAUUAACAUGAGAUGAAAUAGUUGUUUCACCUUUACAUAGAAAGACGUGCUCUUUUACCAUUUUAACUGUUACAGUACGAUAAUGUUUCAUGUAGACAUACGUUUAUGCUGCUAUAGUUGCUGUACUUCAAAAUAUAUUUUCUAGAAACUUUAAACUAUUGUGCACUUCAAAGACUACUUAUUGUUUCUUUUAAUAGAAAUUUAAAAAAGGGCGGCUCUGCAGAGGCUUGGUUUAUGUACGAAAGGAAAGUGAAUACUGGAGGUAGUCUCGUGGCUUAUUAUUUUUAUCAGGAAGGUAUCGUUAUCUUAAUUGCAUCGUUCUUCCCAGGUUUAUAAAUAGUUAGGCGAACGAGUACAAUCGUCAUACAUAUAUAUUUGAUUGUGCGUAUGUGCAAGAACCCCCUCCCCCAUGAAGUAAAGAGAGAGUGUGCACACUGCCACACUGACUGGGGAAAUAACUGCAAUGUAAAGCGCCUUUAGGACAGUUAUUAGGCGCUUUUCAGUGUUUUUGAUUAAAUCAACCACUUAAAAACUAUUUUUUUUAGAUAUCUCAUUAUGAUAAUUUGUAGAUAUAAUAAGAAUAAGAAACUGUUAUAUCUGUUUCAUAAAUGGGAAAGGUGAAAACUAGUCAUGAAAAGUUCUUGGUUCACCGUAUAAUUUGGAUACGACUGAGUGUGACUGAUUCUACAUCAACAUAGGCCUCAUACUAUUACAAUCAUCAACAGAUAUUAGAAGAACGUCUUAUAUCGAAGUAAAUAUUGAAUCAUCUAUUACUGUAUAUUUAUCAAUUUGUUGAUGAUAGGAUGUCCUUUCAUUUUGAGCUCAGACCAUGAAUGUUGAAUUAAAUCCGGUUUUGUAAUUUCGAUACAAUUCUACGAACCAUGCUCAAGCACAUAAAUGUUCCAUGGUCAAUUCUGUUACAUUGAUCGAAAUCAUGGUCAGGCGUAGAUUAUUAUAUUACCUCCUUUCACUCUAGUCUUUUCCUUCUAUUCUUCCACUCCAAUUUCUCCUUUUCUUAAUCUUUUUUUAUUUCUACAUGAGAUUUCACACCUAUUAUCGCGUUAUGAUAUUAUUACCUUUGAUCGAUCUUCCAAUUAUUCUUUUAAUGAUGUCUCAUUGAAUCCUGUUUGUGAUGAUACUUUACAAUCUUCAUUUUGUAAUAUGAUAGUUUGAUGGAUAUCAGAAGUAAUAAAUCGUUAUGUUUUCAAUCUUGA